CUUGGCAACUAUGUUGCAGAUGGCGGAAUUCUUCGCUUUCUUUUCGAAAAAAUUGCGCUAAGUGAUUUGUUUAUUUUUAUAAUCAAUUCAAUUUUCUGAAGUUCGCGUUGUGGUUCCUUUUGAAGUGUUACUCAACUUUCUCUCGGUUUGAAUAAAUAAUUUUGAAGCAUACGCCGACGCCGACGUCUGCCUUUUGAAAAGAGAAGUAAGCCACCGUUGCUGAGUAUCGAUUUCGCUGUAAAAUACAAUGGGCAAGAAGAAGAGUAAGAGAAAACCUCCGCCGAAACGGAAAGCAAUCCAACCACUGGACACACAAUUCAAUUGUCCCUUCUGUAAUCACGAAAAGUCUUGUGAAGUAAAAAUGGAUAAAAGUCGAAAUUCGGCGAGAAUAACUUGUACAGUAUGCUUAGAAGAUUAUCAAACAACUAUUAACUUUUUAUCGGAGGCGAUAGAUGUAUAUAAUGACUGGGUUGAUGCCUGCGAAGCUGCUAAUUAAUGCCUAUCCCUUCAUGUAGCAAAUUGAUGUGUACUGGUGUUAUGUGGUUCCUCUGUGUCAUAAAUUAAGUUGCUGUUUUGACGUGUGUCCGUUUUGGAGUCAUGAACGAUAUCAGAUUUCGCUUGCUUCGAAUCGAAAUGAAGCAAUUAAUAUUAUAUUGAAAUUGUAAAUAUAGUUAUAAUUUUUCUUAAGAAUAUCAAUCAUCUGUGAAUUGGUAGCGUAAUGAUGUGUAGCACUAUGUGCUGUGUUGUGGCCAAAUAGUGUUAUUAAGAUAUUCAGUUUUUUAUUAUUUUCUAUUGAGACGAAGUGUUUCGGUCGAACAAACGUGCAAUUUUCAUGUAAUACCUAUCGAUUAAAAGAAUUUCAGUUAAUUAAAGUUUUUGAAAUUUUGGUUA